UUAUCGUCCACGUGUUUUGCAGAACCUCCUCGCCACUUGUCCUCCCGGUCCUCCCUUAUAUAAUUCACCUCCCUCCCUCGCGUUUUAAGUUUCAACAGCCGCAAUUGUUUAGCGAAGAGAGCGGGAGCUAGAGAGAGAAAAAUAACAAAGAAGAAGAAGUGGGGUAAAUUUGGAAUUGAAAAUGAGUACAGAUAUACAGUUACCACCGGGGUUCAGGUUCCAUCCGACCGAUGAGGAGCUCAUGAGGCACUAUCUUUGCCGGAAAUGUGCGUCGCGGUCGAUCGCCGUCCCAAUCGUAGCUGAAAUUGAUCUGUACAAGUACGAUCCUUGGGAUCUUCCAGGUCUGGCGUUGUACGGUGAAAAGGAGUGGUACUUUUUCUCACCUAGGGACAGGAAGUAUCCGAACGGAUCAAGACCUAACCGGUCGGCCGGGUCUGGUUACUGGAAGGCGACCGGGGCUGACAAGCCGAUUGGACAGCAGAAGCCAGUCGGAAUCAAGAAGGCUUUGGUGUUUUACACAGGAAAAUCUCCCAAAGGAGAGAAAACCAAUUGGAUUAUGCAUGAGUAUCGCUUAGCCGAUGUGGACCGUUCGAUUCGCAACAAGAACAACAGCUUAAGGCUAGAUGACUGGGUACUGUGUCGCAUAUACAACAAGAAGGGCACCGUGGAGAAGCAAGGACCGGUCGCAAACCGGAAGACAAACAUGGCCGAGAUUGAGGAGAAGAAACCGGCGAUAAUGAAAAGUGGCGUGGAGAAUUCACAGCUGCCACCUGCUCCGGCAGUCACUGCGACGGUGAAUGAUUACAUGUACUUCGACACUUCCGACUCGAUACCGAGGCUGCAUGCGGAUUCUAGCUGCUCGGAGCAUGUGGUGUCGUCGGAAUUCACGGCGGAGGUUCAGAGUGAGCCCAAGUUGAAGGACGGGGGAAAUUUAAAUGCCCUCGAUUUCGCUUAUAAUUAUAUUGAGCCCACCAUGGGUAACAACGGUGCGUUUGGUUCGCAGUUUCAGGGGAAUAAUCAGUUGUGGCAGCUUCAGGACAUGUUCAUGUACCUGCAGAAGCCGUUUUGAUUGAAUUUGUUUUUAAGUCUUCGCAUCGAACGGGUAACAGGAGACGCUGAAGUCAAUGAGUGUGCCCAGGCGGGAGUGUAAGAUAAGAAAUGUGAGGCAGAUGUAGUUUGUACUUUGUAGUCUUAGCAUGAAGUAGGGUAUUGAGAAUAAUGAGUAGUUCAUAUGAUACUGAUGUGUGUGGUAUUUUAUAAAGGUCUCGAGUUCGAGCCUUAAAAAAAUGAAAUGGGGGCAUUGAAUCUGAGAAGUUAUGGAUGUGUAGAAAUGGUGUAAGGUAUAGUUUGUAAAUACGUAGUAGACAUGUAUUAUAUUGGGGGAUGUCUGUCAUUGAGUGGGUUUAUACAUUCAGCAUUUUGUAGCCAAUUUGUUUCUUCCCAUUUUGAUGGUAGCCUUCAAUUUCAAGAA